AUGAGGACUCUCCAGGAAAAAAUUAUCAUCCUUUCUGUUUUUCUGUCUUUGUUAUGUGUCGUUCAGGUUCAUUCAUUGCCUGUGCCUGACGAGUGGCAUGGCUUAAUUCAGCGAACCAAACGUUCACUGUUGUGGCGCUGGAACAGUCUGAAGCCUGUCGGUGCCAGCUGCAGGGAUCACCUAGAGUGUGGCACAAAAUACUGCAGGAAAAAUAUCUGUUCUUUCUGGAUCACCACCUGAAGAAGAGAUGCACAAACACCAUCAGAAUCUACAAAACAGACAUCUGCUUUAUGGACCACAACUGCCUGUUUUGU